AUGGAAGAUCCGGAGAAGAAAUCUCCAUCUCCAUCUUCAUCUCCGUCUCCAUCUCCGUCUCCAUCUCAAAUCAAUUCGCGAAAAUCAGAAUCGGAAUCGGAAUCGGAAUCGGAUUCCGCCGAAUUUCGGAGGUUCGAAUCGUUUCUGAAAUGGAUUUGCAUAAUGGAUCACUCAAAUCCCUUCACCGCGACGCUGUCCUGCUUCCUGUUCUCCGCCUUCGCGAUCGCCGUCCCGAUCGCAUCGCACUUCGCCCUUUCUUGCUCCGAUUGCGACGAAGAUCAUCGAAGCUCUGUNUGCCUCUCCGCCUGGCUCCGCCACUUGGGAUUGAGCCGAUUUCUGUUCCUGGAUAAGCUCUGUGAAUCCAGCCACAAGGCUCGCGAUGAAUACUCCAAGCAAUUAAAGAGAUCAAUGGAGCUGAUCUCCUUCUUCUUGCUGCCAUGUUUCAUGGCCGAAGCAGCCUACAAAAUCUGGUGGUACGUCUCAGCAGCCAACGAAAUACCAUACUACGGCAACAUGUACCUUAGUUACAUCACCUCCUGCACCUUAGAGCUCUUCUCAUGGCUUUACAGAACUUCCAUCUUCUUCUUCGUCUGUAUUCUCUUCCGCCUCGUCUGCCGCCUCCAAAUGAUCCGACUCGAAGACUUCGUUUCUGUCUUCCAUCGCGAAAGCGACGUGGGCACCAUCUUGAUGCAGCAUUUGGGCCUCAGAAGAACCUUGACCAUCAUCAGCCAUCGCUUCAGAGUGUUCAUGUUCUUGUCUUUGAUUUUGGUCACUGCCAGUCAGUUCAUCUCUCUUUUGAUGACUACUAGAUCACAUGCUCUUGCUAAUCUCUCAAAAACUGGACAACUUGCGCUAUGUUCCAUAAGCCUAGUGACAGGCUUGUUCAUAUGCCUCCGUAGUGCUGCAAAGAUCACUCACAAAGCACAGUCUAUCACUUGCCUUGCUGCCAAGUGGCACGUAUCGGCUGCUAUAAACACGUUCGAUGACCUCGACAAUGAGACGCCGACAGCAUCUGUGAUUGCGGCGUUUGAAUUCAACUCCGAUGAUGAUGAAGAAGACGACGAGGACGACGAGGAUGAUAUGAAACUGAUGCCGGUUUUUGCUCAUACAAUCUCAUUCCAAAAGAGGCAGGCAUUAGUGACAUAUUUGAGGAAUAACAAAGGAGGAAUUACAGUGUAUGGAUUCGUGGUGGAUCGAACAUGGCUGAAAUCCGUUUUCGCUAUUGAACUUGCACUUAUGCUGUGGCUACUCAAUAAGACUGUUGGUAUUUCUUGAAGGUUUUGCUCUUAUACAAUCUAACGAACCAAUGAAUUUCAUCAGACCAAAAGUUCAUCUCUUGUAAGUGAACAAGUCUAUUAUAAAAAAGUUUAUUCAUGA